GCCACCAUGAGGUUGCACCCUAAGACGCCAUUUUAUAAUAAACUGAAAGAACGAUAAAUGCAAUGUAUUCCAGCUGUUGUUUGUAACGUAUCCUAGAGUGAAGAAUUAAAACAUAAACAUAGGAAAUAAUACGUUAUGGCGGAAUAUUUGGCAUCUAUAUUUGGUACUGAAAAAGACAAAGUAAAUUGUUCAUUUUAUUUUAAAAUUGGUGCUUGCCGUCACGGUGAUAGGUGUUCAAGGAUUCACAAUAAACCUACCUUCAGUCAAACAUGUUUGUUACAAAACCUUUAUGUAAAUCCUCAAAAUUCUGCAAAAAGUGCAGAUGGCUCUCAUUUAGUGGCAAACGUGUCAGAUGAAGAAAUGCAAGAACACUACGAUAAUUUUUUUGAAGAUGUGUUUGUGGAAUGUGAGGAUAAGUAUGGUGAAAUUGAAGAAAUGAAUGUUUGUGACAACCUCGGUGAUCACUUAGUCGGUAAUGUUUACAUCAAAUUUCGAAGAGAGGAAGAUGCUGAAAGAGCAGUCAACGAUUUAAAUAAUAGAUGGUUUGGAGGAAGACCAGUUUACGCUGAACUUUCUCCUGUAACCGAUUUCAGAGAAGCUUGCUGUCGUCAAUAUGAAAUGGGUGAGUGUACACGUUCAGGAUUUUGUAAUUUUAUGCACUUAAAACCUAUUUCACGUGAAUUGCGACGAUAUUUGUAUAGCCGCAAAAAAGGUGGUAAAGGUCGAUCAAGAUCUCGAUCCAGAUCACGUGGACGAGAUAGAAAACGUAGAUCAAGGUCGAGGGAUAGAAGAUCAAGAUCAAAGGAUCGACGAAAGGGAAGAGACGACAAAGGUAGAGAUGGUCGAUCUGGAAGAUAUUAAUAAACUUGAAAUUAAGAAUAUCUACAAUCAAGGAACACGUUAUGCGCAUAAAAAGAAACUUAAAUUUUGAACAAAAACAACAAACAACAACAAAAACAAAAUUAACUUAUUCCUCUCUUUCCU